ACCUGAGUAAGACAUUAACUCAGGUGAGUGAUUGUGUUCUGUGUCUGUGGUGCCAUAAUGCUAUUCAGACUUUGAUCUUAGGGAAGUUGGAGUUAAAGUCAAAGAAUUUGUUCAUCAGACUCAGUGUUUUGUUAGUAAUUAUCCAGAGCAACAUUCAGAAGAUCACCGAAGACGAGCGGCACAUUGCUACCCCAAAAAGGGCUGACUAUAAUGUCAGCGUCCCGCUUGGUGUUUGGUGUGGCAGUGUUGCUCCUCCAGCUCUGGGGGACACGCUGUUUCCCCUCCUCCGCCUGUCCCAUUCCCUGUCUCUGCCAGCCCGGUCCUGUCCUAAACUGCUCAUCUUUGGGCCUGAAUAAGGCUCCCUCAUGGAUCCCAGAAAGUGCGGUUUCCUUGAACAUAUCCAACAAUGCUCUGAGUUCUCUGGCUCCUCUCAGCUUUGGUCAUGUGAAGCUGAAGGGACUUUUACACCUCUGGGUGGGCAGUAAUGGUCUGGAGAGCCUGUCUCUGAUUUUAGGACCAGGCACUAGGACCCUGUCAAGUGCAGAACAGGAAUGCAGCUCCUGGGCACCUGACCUUCAGUUGCUGUCUGCUGAAAGAAACCAUCUCAAACGUCUACCAAACGGGCUGGGUUGCAUAAAAUCCCUGCAGAUUCUUCAGCUGUCCUAUAACCAGAUCUCUGUGAUCAGUCUUUCUGACCUGGACAACUGCAGCCAUCUGAAAGAGCUACAUCUACAGCAUAACAGUAUCACAACCAUUCACCCACAUGCUUUUAAAGAUCUACAACAGCUGAAGGUCCUUGAUCUGAGCUAUAACUUGCUGGUCACCGUUCCUGUCCCUGCCUACCAGUCCCUGCGGAACCUGGAUGCUUUAGUUGAUGUCUCCUUCAACAGAUGGAAGUGUGACUGCAAUUUGCAGACCUUAAGAAAAUGGAUGAGCUUUGAUACUGAAAUGGGUCAUGCUUCCUGGAAAGUGGUGUGUGCCUCUCCACCACACCAUGCUGGAAAAGAUCUGCUUUACCUAAAUGACUCUGAACUCACUUGUCCAACAUAUGAACACAGGACAUCUGGCCACUAUCAUAAUAUGAUUGUGAAAGAGGGGAUGCAGAUAUCUAUUCCUUGUAGGAAUCACAGCCAAGGUAUCAUGCAGGUUCGCUGGUGGACUCCACAAGGCCAAGAAAAAGAUAAUCAACCAGAACUUUUAAUUAAGGAUAUCACAGAGCAGCAUGCAGGACUUUAUAUAUGCAUUACAGGUGUUCAAGGGGAGCACAUUUCAGUGUUUGACCUACAUGUCUACAAAAAAGGUGGUGGCUCAAGACUACGUCGUGAAGCAGGAGUUAUCUUAGAUGAGAAAGGAAAUGUAAUCUUGCCAAAAAAUCCUGCUGUAAGGGUAGGGUCAAGAACAGAGUCAGAAUUUAUUCUUGCCGUCUGCCUGUCGGUCAUAAUUACAUUCAUUUUAGCAUUUAUUCUUGGUGUAGUUUUGAGGCCACUGUUAGACAAGUUAUGGAGAAGAAUACGAUCCAAAAGACAAUCUACAUCCUCUCCAACCUCGUCCACUGAACCCCAGCCAUAUGUGAAUGAGGGUUACUGUGACGUAGAAGACCAUGAUCGAGAAGUGAGAGUGGGUUCAAGAGUUACAUUCGGUGAAGUUACAGAAGUGCAAGAUCAAAUGCCCUACUAUGUCACUGUAGAUGAGGACCAAGCGGAUGGCUCCUCUGAGAGCAACACAGAAUCUGGUGGCCUAUAUGAGGAUGUUGAAAACAAUAGAUCCUCAGUGACUGAUGAGAAACAGCAGACCCUUGAAAUGGAGAGACACAGAGGAAGAGCAGACAGUAGUGGCAGCAGCUCACUACAGGAAGGCGAAGUAAAUGCUUUAGUAGUAAAUGGUCAGAAACUGCCACCCAGCUCAAUGGAAGACAUGGAAUUUGAGCCAAUCCCAGAUGAAACAGAAAUUACAAGGAUAAAGAGAAGGGACAGUUCUUCAGCAUCAUCUCACUCAAGUCAGGAAGUUACCUUAUCAAGUGAAAUAAAGCAUUCAACUGAACAAAGUGUUGACCCUUCUCCUGUCGCUAAAAGUGAAAUUCCAGGAUUUAUAAAAGAGCCAUUUUCAGAAUGGCCAGUCAGAUUGAAAGAACAAAAUGUUGAUGAGUUGGACCCAGAAAUGUGGAAUGACAGUGGAGAGAGCUUUUCUUUCAAUGAAGACUCAGAAAGAUCAAGUAUCCAUGAUCUCUCCAGCCCUGCUCUAGGACACCCCCUGAAGGACGAUGACAAAUGGAGGCAAAUCAAAGUAGCAUCACCUUCAAAUAAAAUAAAUAUUGAUUCAGAUGAUGAUUUUGAAAAACCAUUUGGUAAAGAAGUUCUUGUUGAUGGUGGAAAGCAAUUUGAGUUCUCUGACAAUGGAAGCUCCUGUAAUUCAAGUCAAAGUGGUGAAAGUGUUGGUGGACCAAAUAAUUAUACUGUAAACCCAGAGUUGGAAGAAAUCGUGGAUGAAUCGGACACAGGGAAUGGUGCAAAUGUAGUCAAUUUAAACAGAUUUGGCACUCUUGAAGAUCCCACUUUCAGGGAAACAAUGCCUAGUGCUGGCAUUCUUAUAAGACAGGAGACUAUAAUUUUGGAGCCUUCAGAUAUACAUUUGACUUUUACUCAUGGAAACAGUGUUGACGAGGGCAUGCUUACUGACGACUCCUCGAUGAGCUCCUUGAUGAACAUACCACACCAAUCUGGACAAUUUGCAGACAUAGGUAUUGAUACUGUGCCAAAAGAUAAGAGAUAUGUUGAAUUUAAGUCGUCCAAAUCUCAUUCUGGAUCUCCACCACUUUCUCCAUCCUCACAAAAGAACAAUAUCUUAUCAAAGGAGCACUUAAUAUCUGAAGCUCACACCGGUGCAUCUUUUGAAGACAACAGUUCCUUAAUGCAAAGACAAGUGUCUCCUGAUAAUAUUCAAAAAGUGAAGAGAUACAUUGGCUUUAAUCCUUCUGAUCCUCAUACCCAAACUCUGCCAUCACCUUCCUUAACCAAAAAAGAUGCUCUGCUGGAAACAAAAAGAUACAGCUUGUCCUCAGACGAUGAUGCACAGCUGACAACUAAGGAUGACAAAUCUUUCUUGACAACAUCUAUACCUUCUGACGUUUCAAAGGUUAAAAGAUACAUUUCCUUUAAACAGUUUGACACUUCUUCACCAACUCUCCCUUUAUCUAAAUCUGAGACCACAACUGAGGCAACAAUACAAAAUCUGCAGCCCAGCAGCAGUCAAAACGUGAAGGAACACAUGUUUUUUAAGCAGCAUGAAAGUCAUUCCACAUCUCUGCCAUCAUCACCUACCUCGACAAGAAAAGGUCUAUCAGGGAAAAAGUCAAAAAGCAAAAAACGAAAUGAUCAGUCAUUCUAUGGAAGUCAUGAGAACCUUCCACUGUACCAUGUUCAUCCAUCCUAUAGGUCAAGUAUAAACAGGUUGAAUAGAGGAUAUGAUACAGAUAUAUCAUUUUCCAGUGAAGAUGAAGAUCAGUUCAUAGAGUACCCAAGAAAAUUAGAAAUUACAACAGCACCUGGGUUGAACGGAGGAUCCAUCAAACCUGGUAAAAGUAAAGACAAUGUCCUUAACAUUGAUUUUGACAACUCUUCCAGCAGCACAGAUGUAUUUGAAAAGAAACGUUCUAAAGGCCUAAUGAGACUAAAAGCAUUAGGUGCUCGACUUUUCAACAGAAAUGAAAAUGAAACAGAUGUGAUGAUGUCACCAGCUGAUUGGGAUGCUGGAAGAACUGGAGGUGUCUCGGUUAAUAAGCAGUCCAAGUUAACUAAAAAACAAACCACUGAUGACGAUGUUAUAUUUGGGAAAAGUUUAUCUUUUGAUCAUUUACCAAAAGUGAAGAGAUACAUUCAGUUUUCACACUCAUAUCCACAAGCCCAGUUACCAUCUCCUCCACCAACCACUAGCACAAUCACACCUGAUUUUAAAGUGACAACUGAAUCAAGGACGUCCAGUUUCUCAUCGGAGGAUGAUUUCAAACCAACCACUGAAGAUGAAACAUUUGGUGGACAAGUAGAUGCAUCUUUUGACAGACUUCCAAAAGUAAAAAGAUACAUACAGUUUUCACAUGUUGAACCUUAUUCUACAACACUUCCUUUAAAAGGUUCUCCUGAACUGGUGGUACAGCCUGAAUCAAGGAGGUCCAGUACUUCAUCUGAUGAUAAUGAUAUCAAACCUAAUGAAGACAGCUUCUUCAGUCAAAUAGGUGUAUCUUUUGAUAGCGUGCCACAUGUUAAGAGAUACAUCCAAUUCAAUCAGCCAAAACCUUACUCUCCAACUCAAACAUCUUCACCCAUUUCAAUCAAGAGACCUGCAGUAGAAGUGGAAACAAGUUCCAGCACAUCUGUCAAGUCGGAUGACAAAUCUGAUGCUACAGGAAACUGGGGGCAAAUAGAUCUUAAUGCAGUACCAAAGGUUAAGCGAUAUGUUCAAUUUACAGAGUUCAAAGAUUCUUCAACUCCCCCAUUGGUUUCAUCUUCCUCUACGAAAGUCACAACUGAGAUGGAAAUAAAAACUGAAUCCACAAUUGAGAGAUUCCCUAAAGACCAGGAAAACUUAACGCAAGCAGAGGUAUCUUUUUUGGAAAAUAUUCCAAAAGUGAAACGAUACAUUCACUUCAAACAGUCUGAACCACACCCCACCACUUCUGAUACACUGCAUGUCACACCUGAAAUGAUAAUCAAAUCAGAAACAAGGAGAUCAAGUACAUCUUCUGAGGAGGAUAUCAAGCUAACUAAGAAUGAAGGCCAUGUCUUGGAAGAAACAGUUACAUCCCUUAAUAGUGUACCAAGAGUUAAGAGAUAUAUUCAAUUUACAUAUCCUGAGAGUCAACCCCUUACUCAGGUUUCAUCUGAAAGAGUCAAUACAUCUGUGGUAGAAAAAGAGACAAGAAGAUGGAGUACUUCAUCUGAGGAAGAUGUUAAACCAGCCACUAAAGAAAAUUUUGGAGAAACAGAAGAAUACCAUUUCCAAAUUCCCAAAGUAAAAAGGUAUAUCAAAUUCACAGAAGCUGAACCAUACUCAUCUCCUCUGUCGCCAAUUCCUCCUGCAAUCACAGUAAAAGAAACAGAAAAAGAAUUUAAACCACCAGCCAAUAGAGAGAGCACUUCAUCCGAAAAUCAUGAUCAAGAGCAAAUAGGAGUGUCUCUUGAUAAAGUACCAAGCGUUAAGAGAUACAUUCAAUUCACACAUCCUGAAUAUCAAUAUCCAUCUCAGACAUCAACCAGUCUUUUAUCUGAAAGUGUCAGCAUACCUGCGGUAGAUAAAGAAACCAGGAGAUGGAGCACUUCAUCUGAGGAAGAUGUUAAACCACCUACUGAAGAUAUUAAAGAAACAGAUGAAUACCUAAUCCAAAUCCCCAAAGUAAAGAGGUACAUCAAGUUCACACCUUCUGAACCACAUUCCUCUGCUCCAAAACAAGACAGCCCAGUAAAAUCCAUAUCAGUAACGGAAACUGAACUCAAACAGCCAGUCAUUAAAGAGAAUUCUUCAACUAAGGAUGUUGUUCAGGAAGACAAUGUCUCUGGGCAAAUAGGCGUAUCUCUUGAUGGUGUACCAAGAGUUAAAAGAUAUAUUGCAUUCACACAUCCCGAAACAUCAACUGCUUUCUCAGAUGAAAGAAUCCAUGCAUCUCUAACAGCUAAAAAACCAAAAGAUAGCAGCCCUUUGUCUGAGGAAAAUGUUACUAUAUCUCCUAAUAAAGAUAUCAUUAAAGACACAGAUGAAUAUCUGGUCAAAAUACCAAAAGUGAAGAGAUACAUAAAGUUUAGACAAUCUGAAUCAUUUCCCUCUGAUCGGUCACCAGUUCCUCCUAACAUUGUAAAAUCUAUAAAGGUGACAGAAACAGAAUUUAAAAACCCACUCACUAGAGAAAGCACAUCUGAGGAUGAUGUGCAGGACAAUUUUGGGCAAACAGGAGUAUCUCUUGAUGGAGUACCAAGAGUUAAGAGAUACAUUCAAUUCACACAUCCUGAAAUUCAAUCCCUUCCUCAGCCAACAAUAACCAUCUCAGCUGAAAAAGUUGGAAAUUUGGGGGUAGUUCAAGAUACAAGGAAAUCAAGCACUUCAUCUGAGGAAGAUGCCACAUUUAUUGCUAAGGAAGAAAAAGCUGGUGAACAAACAGGGUUGUCUUUUGAAAAAAUACCGAAGGUUAAGAGAUAUAUUCAGUUUGUAAAUUCUGAAAGUAAACUUGUUCAAUCAGCAACUAAUCACUCAUCUGAAAGACUUCAAAUAUCUGGAGUUGUUCAAGAAAGAAGAUCAAGCACUUCAUCUGAAGAGGAUGUUAAACCAUCUACUCAUGAUGAUAAUGUAAGAGGUGACUAUUUUGACAAAAUCCCUAAAGUGAAGAGGUAUAUUAAGUUCACACAAUCUGAACCUCCCCAGGGUCUUGCACCAUUACCUAUUUCAAGCAAUGUAAAGCCCACACAGGUGACAGACUUACAAUCAAGAGGACCUAGUACUUUAGUUGAUCCAUCUCCUAAGGAAGACAAUGUCUUCGAGGAAACAGAAGCACAUCUUGACAAACUUCCAAAAGUUAAAAGAUACAUUGAAUUUAAACAUCAGUUACCUGUUCAGUCAACUACUUUAUCAGAAGAUAAAGUUGCGACAUCUAAGGUCAUUUUGGAAACGAGCAGAUCAAGAACUUCAUCUGAGGAUGAAGUCACAACAGAAAGUAGAGAAGACUAUUUUGGUCAACAUUCAGAGGCACCCCUUGAUAAAAUACCAAGGGUUAAGCGAUACAUUCAGUUCACACAUCCUGAAAGUCAAAUUCCGGUACAGAUAACAGCUAAAAGAGUAAGUGCAUCUGUCGUGAAAAAAGAAACAAGUAUACCAUGCACUUCGUCUGAUGAUGAUAGAAAAUCAUCUACUAAUGAUCAUGAUGUCAUUAAAGAAACAAGUGUCACAAUCCCAAAAGUCAAAAGAUAUAUUGAGUUCACACAAUGUAAACCUUUUUCAUCACCCCAGACACAACUUCCAAGUGUUGUUAAACCAAUAAAGGUAACAGCAACAGAAGCAACGGUAUCCCGCACAUCACAAAGCACAUCUGACGAUUCUGACAGUAUACCAAAAGUUAAGAGAUACAUUGAGUUCACACCUGAUGAAAGUCAUAAUUCUGCUCUGCCAUCAACUGCUGACUUAGCUGAAAGACUGGGAACAUCUGAGAUCACAGAGGAACCAAAAAUAUUGACAACUUCAACUAAAUAUGUCAAACCAUCUGCUACAGACCACAUUAGAGAAACAGAUGAAUUUAUUGCCAAUAUUCCAAAAGUAAAAAGGUACAUUGAGUUUAAACAAUCUUAUUCUUCACCUGUGUCAUCAUUUCUCCCAUCAUCCAAUUUGUCAUCUGAGCCAUCACGCCCCAUCUCAAAGAAAAAAGGGUCUGCAGUAAUUAUAAAGACUGAAUUAGAAUCAUGGAUGUCUGACCAGACUGGCCUAAAUUCAGAAUCAAGUAUGUCAAGUUCCUUGUUGAGUAAACAUCAAGUUGUGGAUGAACCACCGGCAGUUCCAAUAACAUCUCCACCUCCCCUAGACCUGGAUGCCAGAGAGUAUCUGAGAGAAAAUACUGAAGUGCGUCAAAGGCAAGAACGCAGGAGAUUGCUGCAGCAAAGGAGAAGAGAAAUGGAUGAGUUCAACAUCGCAUCGCUAUCCUCCAUGCAACAAGAAGGCGAGAAGCAAGACAGAACCCUGGCAGAUUAUGGAGGAGCACCAUUUCAAACAGAACGCACCUACAGCAGCAGCUCUACAAGAAACAAUUCCAGAAGCACAGAAGGAGUGGAAGCCCCAGUUUUGCGAGGACUUAAAACAAAGAGUACAUCAACACUUGACUCUAAGUCACCAGCAAAUUCAACAACAAAGAAUAAGGAAUUUUUAAUUUAGAUAAAGAGUUCAUUUUUGACUUGGCACACAAUAUCAAAUCUCCGCAAAUGAUUUAAAAGUCACAGCUUUUUGUAAGGGCCUUUCUUUUUUCUGACUAUUGUAAAUAUGUAAUAUAACUAUGAACAUAUUAACCUAAACCUUUCAGUAUUCCUUAAUAUAAGUUAUGUUUCUGUUGCAUGCAAAUAUAUUGAUGAAGCCUACAUAAGGGUGUUUUGUAUACAAACACUGUUGAUUUUAUCAGUAAUGCAAUGUAGCUGUAAUAAAAGUCCACGGGAUAUUAAUUGUACUGAAUGACAACAAAAUAAAUUUUUAUUUAAAAAUUG